UUGAAAAUGUCAGUAAGAAGAAAAUAUACAUAUCUUACGACGUUCUGAUGAGAAGAAUUUUUUAAUUUGUGAUUAUUGCUAAAAAAUACAGGGAAUUUUUAGUUGAAAAUGGUUUGUCGAUUAUGUCUAAAAGACGUGCCUGAUGAAUCAGUUAUAAAACUAUAUCAUGACAUCAAUUCUUCGGCAGAAUCAAUAGAAAUGGUGAAGCUGAUAGAAAAGUACCUGGAAAUUGAGGUUAGAGAUGAUGAUGUAUUCUCAACCACUAUAUGUCAGGAUUGUCAUGAUCAUUUAGAUGAUUUUCAUAAGUUUUGUAAGGAUGUUGCCGAAAAACAGUCUAUACUUCGCAAUGAGUUUCUUGAGGUGCAACUUAAAGUGGAGUCUCAUUGUGACGAUAGCCAAGAUCCUCAAAUGAAGGAAGAUAAGAAGAUCUUGGAUAGUCAAGUUCAAAAUGUCGAUGUUUGUGAUUCCAAGGAAAUUGAGCAGGCCAUGUUUGAAUGUCCCAUUGAUUUGCUAAAAAGUGAAGCGGACGAUGAUGAAAAGGAAGAACAAGAAGUGUUUGAAACGGAUGUUCUUGAUGAUAUGGAUCUUAACAGGGAAGAAGAAGAAGAUGUGUUUGCAGACAGCGUUGAUAAUGAUCCGGUGGACAUGAAUACAUCGGAAGAUGACAUGCCUUUGAGUAAACUGAAAGCUAAAAAGAAAAACACCACAGCCAGGCGAAAGCGGACAAGCACCAAACCCAAGGUAGAUAAAGAAGUCAAAGAACCAAAGGAACGCAAAAAGAAAGGUGAACGAAAAAAGACUAUGUCAGCCCAAGAAAUUAUAGCUACAUCUAUUGAAUUAAAAUGUGAUAUAUGUCAAGUCAAAGUGAAUACAUGGCGUGAAUUGAGACAACACUUUUUGUUGGCCCACACAAGAACACCCUAUAUAAAAUGUUGUGACACUGUAUACGAAAAGCAACGACCCCUGGUGGAACAUUUGCUAUGGCACAAAAAUCCAGAUUCAUUCAAAUGUAAACUAUGCAAUGAAGUCUUUUCGAACUCAAGGGACUUAACAUCUCACAUAAGCAGCCAACAUCCGGAUAAUGUCGAUUUAUUGGAGACAUAUGAAUGUGAACAUUGUUUUAAACAUUUCCGCAACUAUACGAUAUUCCAAAAUCAUUUACGCACCCACAGCAAGGAUAAAGACAUUGAAUGUCAAAUAUGUAACAAAAGAUUAGAAACCGAAUACCAAUUACGACGUCAUAUUGAUUCCUUUCACAAAGACAUGUCUAUGCAUAUUUGUGACAUUUGUGGUAAAAAAUUCAAAUGUAAAGAUUCCUUUAAAAGACACUAUCAGGUACAUCAAGGUAUCGUCGAGCCCGCUGUACAAUGUUCAAUAUGCAAGUCAUGGCUUAAAAAUCAGCACAGUCUACGCAUACAUCGUUUCGUUCAUGAGGAGCAUCCCAAUUCGUGCAAUGUAUGUGGAAAGUUGUUCAAGACACGGCACACAUUACGCCGGCAUAUGAAAUACUGGCACGAAUUGGAGCGUAAUUUGCAUUGUACCUAUUGUGAUAAGGUCUUUCGACAGCAACGCAACUUGGAAGAACACAUGGCCACGCAUACGGGAGCCCAAUUGUAUACGUGUCCCCAUUGCGGCAAGGAAUCGAGAUCCCGAUCAAAUAUGUAUGUUCACAUUAAACGAGUUCACCCCAAAGAGUGGUGGCAAUCGAAAGUGGAACGUUUGAAUUUAGAUCCGAAUACUGAACAUCCCGAAAUAGAGAAAUAUCGUCAACAACAACAUGAUGUAUUAAAAAUGUAUGAUAAUUUUUUAUGUAAAUAAACUCCAGUGUUUUUAAAUAUUGUUUAAAAAAAAAUAAA